AUGGCCGAGGAGGAAGCCGCGUCCACCUCGCCUGGCAAGGACGAGCUGCGACGGCUCAUCGUCGCGGCUGGCGAGGAGCUGCGAGCCGCCCGGGCCGGCGGCGACAGUGGCGCGGGCGCCGACGUCCUCGCGCGGCUCCUCGACCUGAAGCAGCGGUACGAGGCGCUGACGGGCGAGGAGUUUCGGACCAAGUCGGUCAAGCGGAGCCGAAAGGAGGCCGCCGCGUCGGGCGCCGCGCCGUCGGCCGCACAGCCCAACCCCAACCCGCCAAAGCGCGCCAAGCAGGCCAAGGUGGACCUGGGACGCUUCACGCCGGCCGCUGACCCGAUGCAGCUGCCUCCGCCCGCGAGCAGCUUCCCGCCCUGGGCGCCGCGCGACUUUUUCCGCUUCGAGGUGCUGCACACCUCGCGCAAGCCCGGCUCGCGGGCGCGCGUCGGCCGGAUCCACACUCCGCACGGCGUGAUCGAGACGCCCUGCUUUGUGCCGGUGGGGACGAACGGGGCGCUCAAGGCGGUGGACGAAGCGCAGGGUCGCGAGGCGGGGACGCAGCUCAU